ACGAUUGCUUUAAGGAUGAGACCGGUCGAUAGCUAUCCCAAGCAAAGCAAGAAAAUGGAGGAUGAGAAUGUCAUGAUUGAAAGACAUGAAACGGGCAGGCUCGCCGUCGGCUUCCCCAGCCACAUCCCGGCCAGGUCCGUCCUUGGCGGGAUCCUGGUGGGAUUGGCUGUCGGGGGGCCACUGUUUGGAAUGAUGGGGUUCAGCUUCCUCGCGUCCACGACCCUCCUCCUAGUGAGCUCGCCGCUGCUCCUGCUAUUCAGCCCCCUGCUGCUCAGUGCGGCCCUGGUCCUUGCAGGGGCAUUGGCAGGGUUCGGGGCAGCAGCUCUCAUGGCAGUUGCUGGCAUGUCCACCCUGGGAUGGGUGUUCUGGGAGCUCGGAACACUUCAGAGGUUCCAUCCGGAGAUUAGCACAGCCGCAGCGGAACAGUGGAGCAGUUAACUGACUGGGAUGAUGAUCCUAGGCAGAACAAGAAAAGGAAAAAAAACAGUUAUCGGUUAUCGGGCUUUCGGUUGGUCUCUUUUUCGGAAUGAUCUUGUAAGGACUCUAUAAUACGUUCGUUCUGGACCUCGUUAAUAUCGUGUAAUUGAUGUACAAUGACCUUAUGAUAUUGUAUUGAUUUCACUUAUGCGAUCGAAAUGGCACCUUUCUCACUUAA